AAAAAAGCAAACGUUGAGAGUGACGUAACGUCCGACUAUUCUGAGUUACUCGGAUGUAGCUAUGAGAAAUGGUGAAGAAAAUAGUUUUUAUAAGUUGUAUUUUGUUAAAACUAUAAAAACCUAACCAUGGGGGGCAAGAACAAACAGAGAACAAAAGGAAACGUUCGGCCGUCCAGCAGCGGCCGGGCUGCUGAGGUUCUGACCCGGGAGGGUGGUGUGAUCCCAGGCUUCGUGGGGUUUGACUCCACCGUCACCUCUGAGCUCAGCUAUGUUCCAGCUGUCCACGGAGUGGAGGAGAUAGACAACCUGGUGGAUGCGGACUUCCGUCUGGUGCUCAGGAAGCUUUCCAAGAGGGAUGUUGUGACUAGACUGAAAGCUGUCCAAGACUUUGGGUCCAUGUGUCAGAAACGACACGCUGAAGAUGUGAAAGGAGUCCUGCCCUACUGGCCAAGAAUUUACUGCAAGAUAUCAGUGGAUCACGAUCGCCGCAUCAGAGAAGCCACCCAGCUGGCCUUUGAGCAGCUGGUGCUAAAGGUGCGCCGCAGCUUGGCCCCCUUUCUGAAGAGUCUGAUGGGCCACUGGAUCCUGUCCCAGUGCGACACCUACACACCUGCAGCCUCUGCUGCAUGCCGGGCCUUCCAGGCUGCCUUCUCACCCGCUAAACAGCCCGAAGCCCUUGGCUUCUGCAAGGAUGAAAUCCUAAAUGUACUUCAAGAUAUUUUGUUAAAAGAAACAGCCGACACACUCAGCGAUCCGCAAAGUGUGACAGAGGAGGAGCGGGAAGCCAAAUAUGUACGGAUGCUGACCAGUUCCCUGUUGGGGGUGAAGAGACUUCUUUCCCUGCUGCUUCAGAGUGACAGGACAGCUUUUGAGACCAAACUAGAACAUUUGGUCAGCUCUGGGAAGUUCUGGAAGUACAGCAAACACAAAACACCACAGUUUGAAUGGUCUCCACAGGUGAGAGGGGCCUUUUUUGAGAUGGUCUGCUCUCUCUGCGAGUUCACUCCUGGGCUGGUUCAAGCCAAAGCAGCACAGCUAUGCCCGGCUGUUCUCCUCAGUAUUGACGACACGGAUCCUGUUGUGCUGCCUCCUGUGUGGGAAGCCGUUCUUCACGUUGUGUCUACGCUCCCUGAUUGCUGGACACACGUGAAUGCCAAGAAGGGUUUCCUGCCUAAACUUUGGGCUCUGCUAAAGGAAGGGGGUAAGGGCAUGGCUAAAGCGCUCCACCCAAAUCUAAUGCCGCUCCUCAGUAAGCUGCCACAGAAGGUCACUGAUCCAAACCUGGACUUCUACACCACCUUCUUCACUGCAUUAAUGCAAGGUCUUUCUAGUGAGCGCGCCGUGUCGAGCCCAUCAGAGAGCGCUGUGAUCGUGACGUCUGUUGUUGAGUGCUUGAGGUACUGCAUGCUGCAGAAUACAGGAGACGAUCUUUCCCAGGAGAAAAUAAGGACCAUGCUUAUUUCACAGCAGCUUUUGCCUUUACUAGAGAAGGGGAUUAGAAAUUCCCUUCAGCACAGGCCUCUUUUCGAUUUAGUGACUGAAAUGCUCGUUUCCUGGGAGAAAAAGGCGGGUUUGCACGGUGAAAGUGAGGAAAAUAGCAGCAAGGGUGUGUUUCAGAGACUUCUGGCUGACUUCUGGGAGGAUGUUGGUCUUUUGCUUGUGAGUUUCGUUGAUACUGAGGAGGCAGAUCCACGGGCUCUGGAAGGUGUUGCCACCUUGCUGCAUGUGAUGCGUUAUCCUGGGAGAGGAAGCGGAGCAAACCCCCCAAAAAAGAAAUCUGUCAGGCUGUGUUUGACUAAGCCAGAGGAGGAGGAGACGACUGGAAUCCAGGGGAGUGAAGCUGAGAAGCUUGUGAAGGAGGAAGCGUCCGGGUCCCUGCGGACUCAGCAUUUAGAAGACGCCGUGUGCCAGCUGGCGCAGCUUUGUCUGGUGCACGUGAAUGAGAAAAACUCAGAGAAGCACCUUGUUUUCCUCUCACUUCUCCUGCAGUCCUUCCACACACCCAGAGUUUUCAGCGCUUUAAAUGAAUUUGAUGAAAGAAUCUCAGAAGAUGAAUGCCGGCCGGAUCAGAACCCAGUGACGCGGUUCCUGCUGAAGCGAGUGGUCGUGUGGCUGGCUGUGGUGCGGCGCAGCAACACCGAACACCUGGUGGAGAUGAUCUUCAGCUCACUGCGCUGCUGCAGCCGGCAGGAAACCACGCUCUUCCUCAACCACGUUACCACGAUGGGUUUGGAGUCGGGAAUCAUCCUACAGAUUAUUCAGAGGGCGUCUAAAGAUCCUCAGACUUGCGCGAGUUGCAGUGAUUGGCUGAAAGGCUCAGUUCUUGGUGAACAACUCUUGGGAUUGACAGAGGAGCUCUGCAAAAUUGACAGCAGCUCUCGUUCGUCCACGUGCAACCACAGUUGGAUGCUCAUCAGCCUGGUCCUCUCUCAGAACCACAACAACGAGUGUCUAAUAGGGCCGGCGUACAUGGAGAAGAUCUUAGAGAAGCUCCACACCACUCUCUCUGAGACCAAGAGUCUGUCCAAUGCGGGCAACAUGGAGCCCCUCAUCUCCUUCAUCUGCGACGUGGCCUCGUCUUUCUUCUCAUCUGUGCAAGACUGUCUUCUCCUGCUCUCAGCCGAGGAGCUCUUGCUCACUGCCUUCCAGCUCAUUGCUCAAGAUCAAAGACACACUCACCUGUCCGAAUCGCUGUUGGAGAAGCUGAAGAAGGUGUGUGUUGCUGGGGUCCAGUCUCUGGUGCAGCACUGUACAUGUGAGGUGAGAGAAGGUGGCUUCCUGCACAGUGCAGCAGUUUGGGUGGUGAAGCAGCUACUAACGGGCUCGCUGGAUAUUAAAAGUUUGCAGGUUUUAGUCUCGGCUGUGCAAAACGUAGUGGAGACGAUCAUCUCUGCAGGAGACGAAACCUCCCCCAUCCUCAGUCACUUCUUUACCCUGCUGACACCGAGCCAGGAGGAUUGGACCAGAAUCAGACAAGUCCUGCCCCCUCAGUGGGUGAAAACUCCUCUACUGUCCAACCGUCACAGAGGAGUUUAUGACAAACCCUCCAGGGAAACGUGGAGGUUUAGAGAGUCAAACAGGCUUCCUGCCCACCUGUGUGUCUGCGCUCUGUUGGGAAAGGUAGCCCAGAUCGCUGCAGCCUCACGCUGUGACCGAGGAGUGGCGGAUGGUCCUUCACCGCUACCGAACCUCACAAACACAGUUUCAGAGCUGCUGUUUGCGCUGCAGUGGUGUAAGGAGCUGAAGUGGAGCCCUGCAGUUGUGUCUGCCUAUCACAGCCUGCUGGCUGAAUGGGGGCUGUCGGAUGGACUUCACACCAGAGUUCCUCUUCAAUCUCUUCUAGAGAGCCUUUACUCGAGGUCUUUGACAGACGGGGGUCUGUGGUCUCUGACUCUGGACGACUACAUCAGCACCAACAACUUGGCAGCCACUCAUGGUGCGGCAUUAAGGAGACUUUUUGGUAGUUCAGACAGUCUGUUCCCAGUGUCUCAGAGCAAACUGAGCACACUUCAGGUGCUCUGCCCAGCCAUGACAGGAACUGACAGAGAGACGCUCGUCACCUUGGCCACGGCCGGAUUAAUCAACUGGCAGGAGAAUGACAAUGUGUACGGGUGUCUGGCGGUGCUGCAGUGCUGCUUAAAGGCAAACACACCGGUGGAGGACGAGGUUGUGCAGGCGAUCCUGGCCACGGUGAUGGAAUGGAGGAACAGCAGGGAGGACUGGUUCCUCUUUAGCUGCGACCUGUCUGACGCUACGUCUGAACAGCUGAACCUUAACGUGGAGAUGAUGCGAUUCUUGUCCUGGCUGGUGACUCAUAAAUCAUCGAUUCUUGGAGGAAACCAGUGGGACUUCCUGCUCUGCUCCAUGUUGGCCUGGUUGGAGGCUGCCGGUGAGAGUGUGAGCAGCCUGUGGAACCCCUGGGUGCAGCUGUUUGUGUGUGAGAACUCUGCCCUGAUCGUGACACUGAACCAGUUCUUCACAUCAUCUUCGCCUGACGUAUUGGAGAAGCUGCCGUCAGAACUGGCGGGGGAAUGGAGAGAUUUCUUCAUAGAGGGAGUGUACAACCUGCUGCUGCCUCUUCCUGUUAAAAUCACUGAGGUCUUCAGCGACCCCGACGACCUUCUGUUCCCCAUGGCCGUGCUCCAUUCCGUUGGGUUGGCUCUGGCGCAUGUGCCGCUGCAGCAGCUGACCCAAAACUCCUUGCACCCACGGUUUGUAGCGGACCAAAAGACGAACCUGCCAGAGCCUCUGCAGACGCUCCUCAACACUCUGUGCCCUCUGCUGCUGUUCAAGGCCAGGCCUCUGCAGAUCACCGUUCACCACAUGUUGGAAAAGGUCAUGCCUCAGCUGCCUUCGUGUGACGAAGAAGGAGACAGCAGCAAGUCUGAAGAUGACGGAGAUGAGCCGUGUCUCUCUCCUCCAGCUGCGCUCAUGGCCGUCCUGACGACAUGCGAGGAGCUGUGUGAGAAUAUCCUGACAGGAGUCCAGGUGGGAGAGUUUGCAGUCGUCCAGCCCCUCAGUGUGGAGUACUCCUACAUCCUGGGAUACCUGUUGGCCUGGAAGCUGCUGCUCACGUUUUUCAAAUCCUCCCCCUCCCAUCUGCGUGCUCAUUAUGCUCAGUAUCUUAAGAGAAGCUGCUCCCUCAACAAGCUCCUCCUCCAUCUCUUCAAACUGAUGCCCGAGAACCCGGUUUAUCCAGGACAGGGGGCGGAGUCUAAAGAGGGCAAAACCUUCUUUACAGAAAGUUUGUCUUUGGCAGUUGAUGAGACUAAGAGUGUAGAGUGGGAGCUCCCCCACCUGGCGUGCAGCGUGUAUUACAGCACCGUGCAGGACCUGCCAGCCAUGUUGCGGUUGUGGUGGAACGGCCAGGAGAAGAGAGUGAGCAUGGCUGUGGAGAAGUUCACCAGCAGAUACGUCAGCCCGGUUCUGUCAGCCCAGGAGAUCUCCUCCGUCCACAACAGCACCCAGAUGUUCGACAGCAUGACCGUGAAGGCUCGCUCAGCAGCACGAGAGGUGAUAGCUACCUACUCUGUGGAUGACAUCUACAUCGAGUUGGUGAUUCAGCUGCCACAGAACUACCCUCUGGGCUCCAUCAUGGUGGAGAGCGGGAGGCGUGUGGGCGUUGCCGUGCAGCAGUGGAGGAACUGGAUGCUGCAGCUGAGCACCUACCUGACACAUCAGAAUGGAAGCAUAAUGGAAGGCCUGUCGCUGUGGAAGAACAAUGUUGACAAGCGCUUCGAGGGAAUAGAAGACUGUAUGAUCUGCUUCUCGGUCAUCCACGGCUCGAACUACUCCCUGCCUAAGAAAGCUUGCCGCACCUGCAAGAAGAAGUUCCACUCGGCCUGUUUGUAUAAAUGGUUCACUUCCAGCAACAAGUCCACCUGCCCGCUCUGCAGGGAAACUUUCUUCUAACAGACGACGUGUUGGCCUUGACUGAAAGAAUCUAGACUCCAGGCUGCUCUUUGAUCACUGAAAUGAAAGAAACAUUUUGUUAAAAAAGAAAGUCUGAAGUACACCAAAAUAAAAACUAAUUAUAUUUCUGCAUCUUUUAUGUCCAUCCUCAGAUGUGAGUGUUGGUUGAGAAGCUCCCAGCGGUUUGUUUAAAGCAGCGCUUUACGAUAUAUGCCCAGCAUCAGUGGACUCCUGCUGCUUUAGCUUUUUCUUUCUUUUAUUCUUCUGAGACCCACGUGUGAAAAAAAAAAAAUCACUGAUUUGCAAAGCGGGGAAAUCAAAGCUGAUGCGCUUCAGUUAAAGAGAAAAAAGCUUUUCAAACAUUCAAAUUUACAAACUAAGAAACAAGAAAUUUUGCUGUAUUGAAAUACCCAGAAUGACUUGUGAGUUUCCUAAUAUUUAGGAAUGUAAAGGUUACAUAAAAUUUGUGACGCGUUUGAUUCAAAAUGGAGAAUUUCUUUGUAAUCUUUUAAAAAUAAAAAAUUCAAACACCGUAAA